UAGAUUCGAACCUGGGCGGCAGCGCGCUGUAGUGCAGCCACAGCACAGCGCCUGAGCAGCGGUCUGCUUCACUAAAAACGCCCUAUACCUAAACUAGCGUUUGGUUAUUUAUUUAGUUUUAUUGUUUUAGCGACGGUGGUAUUCUUGAAGUAAACAAAGCCUGGGUUUUUGAAUUGUAUUUCCCCAGCUGUGGACUCGAAACCUCAGAAAAACAUCUCGGUGUGUCGACGGCAAGAAGAAGAAGAAGAAGUAGAAGCCGGGGCUGCUGUUGUAUUGUAUUACAAACGCUGUGAAGAUGACGGAGUACAAAUUGGUGGUUGUUGGUGCUGGUGGUGUUGGCAAGAGUGCGCUCACAAUUCAACUGAUCCAGAACCAUUUCGUUGAUGAGUACGACCCUACUAUUGAAGAUUCCUACAGAAAACAAGUGGUGAUUGAUGGCGAGACGUGUCUGCUGGACAUUCUGGACACCGCUGGUCAAGAAGAGUACAGCGCCAUGAGGGACCAGUACAUGAGGACAGGAGAGGGCUUCCUCUGUGUCUUCGCCAUCAACAACACUAAGUCCUUUGAGGACAUCCACCAGUACAGGGAACAGAUCAAAAGGGUAAAAGAUUCAGAUGAUGUGCCCAUGGUGCUUGUGGGUAAUAAAUGUGACCUACCAGCUCGUACAGUGGACACAAGGCAAGCCCAGGAACUGGCUCGCAGUUAUGGAAUUCCUUAUAUUGAAACAUCUGCCAAGACAAGACAGGGAGUGGAGGACGCGUUUUACACACUGGUGCGUGAAAUCAGGCAGCACAAGCUCAGAAAGCUGAAUCCGCCAGACGACAACGGCCAAGACUGCAUGAACUGCCGCUGUGUCGUGUCAUGACCAAGUUGCUUGCAUAAAAUGGAAGAGACUUUUGGAGCGGCCGCACUGCUCCAGCACUGCGAUGCCUCCACAGAUGUUAGAGGUCGGGACAGACUGUAUAAAAGGAAACCCUUAACAUUGGCACAAGUGGAUUGACUCUCCACAUUUGUUUGCUGAGGGACAUCUCUGACUCUGGCCUCCACUGGAGAAAAUUUACCUCAAAGACUAGUCUCAACACUGGGUUUGCUUGGGUUGUGUUAAGGACUGCCACACUAAAAUAUGUUAUCCCUACUAAAACACUAUCUACUCUGAACUGGAAAUAAUAACCUUGCCUAUCACCUCAUCAGCUUUGGACUUUUGACCAACAUACAGGGGGAAUGUAGAAUUAUUACCGUACUUAGAUUUGUGAACAUAAUGCUUAGAUUAGCAAAUGUAAUGUGGGGAAAAAAUACAACUUGUAUGCCAUUUCUUGAGAAGGGCCUAACUCAAUAUAAUGUACAUAUUUACUGACCUCUCUUGCAGCAAAAUACUUCACUGUUCCAGUGCAAUAGUUCAUAGUGUUGAUCAAGGUACAGUGAUAAGGGAACACACUGCUUGGACAUCAUUGAUUUGCACAUGGCAUAAGACUGUGUUUUAAGUGGGAGGCCACAUUUCAUAUGUGAUCCUCUUUUUCCUCUAUAUCUGUUGGUCUCUAUUUAAAUAACAAUGAAAAUUUAGGAUUCUAACACCAAACAUUUGACAAGGUUUGUCUGCUUUGUGAUCAUUUGUGCUUUUCUGGAGCGUAAAUACAUGGUGCCUGUAGGUUACUUUAUUUCACAGAGGGCAGACUCUAUCUGAAUUGCACAUAUUGCAACCAUAAAGCCAAAAGCACUUAUAUUUCUGCCCAUCACUGUGCUUUAUUGCUGCUCAGGGCACAGGGCUGAGACAGUGUGGUUCGGUUUGGAGUCUCUUAUCUUAUUGUGAAUGGUUUGAUUUCUGGUGGUUAUGUUCUUUCUACUUAUCUGAGUGUUUAGAAAGGACAAUGAAGUGCUGAUGUUACCAAGUGCUGAAACAUUAAAAUCAGUGGUCUUUUAGGGGUUACUGUGA